UAAAUAAAUUGAAGAUAAUAUUAUUUUGUUAAAUUAAAAUUUGACUUGCAAUAAUGAGCUUGAUGGGAUGAAUAUAAUUGAAUAUUGUUAAAAUUAUAAAAGGUAUACACAGAUAUUUAAAAAGAAAUAUAAAAAGUAUAAUAGUUAUAUAUACAAUAAACAUUUUUGCAACUUUGUUCCUCAAAGAUAAAAUUACUGAUAAGACAUGUUUGGCUAUGUGUUAAUUAAAAACAGAACACUGGGCCAAUCAUUAUAUAUAUUUUAAAUAAGAGUCUCUUUAAAUAAUGUCAUCACAUAGACAUCCAUAAAAAAAAUCCCCAAACAAACAAAGAAUAAAUAAAUUAUUUAAUUAAAUAGAAAGAAAUAAAAUAAUCCCAUGACGUUAAAAUGACUAAAAUAAAGAGGCUAACAUUAGCAGGAACCACCUAAGCAAGGAAAUGCAUGAACCCAACCCCAACCCCAACUUGGACACAAACUAAAGAGAGAGAACAUCUCAGCCCCAACUCCUAUAUAUAUGUCCUCACUAUCCUCUCAUUUUACUCACUACUCACUCCCCCUCACUUCCAAGAGCGAGAGCGAGAGAGAGUGAAACACUUAUACAUAUAUAAUUAUCCCACAUCGAUAGCGAACUCCAAAUCAAACACCUUCUCCACUAUAAAAGAAAGAAAAGAAAAUGCCUUCUUCUUUUUGUGCCGAUCAAGUUAAGAUGAUCUCCAACUGCACCGUCUUCCCCGAUGAAAAGUCAACAAUGGAAGACCUCAAACUCUCUGUCUCCGACCUUCCUAUGCUCUCCUGUCAUUACAUCCAGAAGGGUUGCCUUUUCACUCGUCCUCCAUUCCCGACGGACUCCGUAAUCGAGCUUCUUAAGCAAGGUCUAUCUCAAACACUCUCUCGAUUUCCCCCUCUCGCCGGGAGGAUGACGACAGAUUCCGAUGGUCACGUUUUCAUCACGUGCAACGACGCUGGUGUCGACUUCAUCCAUGCUAAUGCUGGGCAAUUAUUCGUCCGGGAUGUUCUGGGAGCCACCCAGGUGCCAGAUUGCUUCAAGGAGUUCUUCACCUUCGAUAGGACUGUCAGCUACAUGGGUCAUUUCAAGCCCAUCUUGGCCGUACAGGUAACUGAGCUAGCCGACGGGAUCUUCAUCGGUUGCUCUGUUAAUCACUCCGUUAUGGACGGAACCUCGUUCUGGAACUUCUUCAACAUCUUCGCCGACGUCUGUAGAGGCGCGAAGAGGAUAACUCGGCCUCAGCCGGAUUUCACCCGGGACUCAAUUCUUAUUUCACCGGCGGUUCUGAAAUUGCCGGAAGGUGGGCCCAAGGUCACCUUCAAUGCCGACGCGCCAUUGAGGGAGCGAAUCUUCAGUUUCAGUAGAGAAGCGAUUUUGAAACUGAAAGACGUUACGAACAAAAACAGCACUAAAAACGUUGAUUGCCAGCUCAGCGCGGUUGAGAUUUUGGGGAAGCUGAGCAACGACACGUUCGGACAAAACGAUAACAAUAAUGGGACUAAAGUCACAUCCAUCAUUGAGAAUUGGCUAAAAACGUCAGUUUUGACACCGACCGAUUCUACCAAAACGACGAUUGAGAUUUCGUCGUUUCAAUCACUCUGCGCACUCCUCUGGCGCGCGGUUACACGUGCUAGGAAGUUGCCUAUCUCGAAAACGACAACGUUUAGAAUGGCGGUCAAUUGUCGCCACAGGCUUCAGCCCAAGUUGGAUCCAUUCUACUUUGGAAACGCAAUACAGAGCGUUCCCACUUACGCGUCAGCCGGGGACGUAUUGUCUAGGGAUCUACGCUGGUGCGCGGAGCAGAUGAACACAAACUUGAAGGCCCACGAUAGCGGAAUGGUGCGCCGCUUCGUAGAGGAAUGGGAAAGCAACCCCAGGUGUUUCCCGCUUGGAAACCCCGAUGGCGCAUCGAUCACUAUGGGUAGCUCCCCGAGAUUCCCUAUGUACGACAACGAUUUUGGGUGGGGACGACCUCUCGCGGUUCGGAGUGGCCGGGCUAACAAAUUCGACGGUAAGAUCUCGGCGUUUCCAGGAAGAGAAGGAUCGGGGACCGUUGAUCUUGAGGUGGUUUUGUCGCCUGAAACCAUGGCGGCUUUGGAGUCAGAUUCGGAGUUCAUGCAGUACGUAUCAAGCUAGAUUAAGUGACUUCUCUCUCUCUCUCUCUAUGGGUUAGUGGUGUUUGACUUAGUUUAAGAGUGGUUUUUUUGGAGAACGAUGAAGGGGUAGUAAUCGGAUGCGACAUGGUUCAAUGGUUCUUUUGUGUGUACACAUUGUAGAUGAUGACGUGUAUUAUGUAAGGACCGUUUGAUUUCCUGCUUUGGGGUAAUACUGUGUAUUUAGUAAUUAAAAUAAGGAUGUGUUGGACGGUGUUGAUUUGGUCCUGGUGGGUUGGGGGAUGUUUCUACUUUUUGUGACAUAAUUUUCUACUUUUAAAUAUAAUCAAGUCGUUUUGUUCUGCUAUUA